CACUUAAGAGCGCAACGACAGGAACUGUGCUAAUAUGCGCUGGGAGGAAUGGCGAUGAGAAGCAGGUCCAGGCCACCUCAGUUCUUGCCAACUGGUUCUGCGGUUCGACAGGUGAUGAGUUGAAGGCUGAUGCCUGGCUGAUUGUUAAGGACCAUGGAGGAUGACUGCAGGCCUCUGCCGGGCCCAGAUCCCACUGGGGAGAGCCCCUCCCACAGAGGCUCAGCUGGGUCACUGGACAUCAGAACUAAACGGCCUUUCUAUGUGGAGCCCAGGAACAUUGUAAGUGAUGACCCUCAGGAGAGGAUCUCUGCUGAGGCUGCCAUCCUGAACAGUAGAGUCCAUUACUACAGCAGACUGACAGGGUCCUCUGACACAAUGCUGAGUCCUCCAAACCAUGUGAUCCCCACAGCAGAGGAGAUGUACGUCUACAGCCCUCUCGGGACGGCUUUCAAAGUUCCAGACAGUGAGCAGGCUGCUAAGAACCCCAGCAUUGUCACCAUCUUUGCCAUAUGGAACACCAUGAUGGGGACGUCCAUACUCAGCAUACCAUGGGGUAUUAAGCAGGCUGGUUUCACUCUGGGAAUCAUCAUCCUCAUCUUCACUGGCCUGCUAAUGCUGUACUGCUGUUACAUUGUCAUCAAAUCACCAAAGGCAAUUAGGGGUGUGGACACAUCCAGCUGGGAAUUCCCUGAUGUUUGCAGGUUCUACUUUGGAAAGCUUGGCCAGUGGUCCAGCUUGGUCUUCUCCAUGGUGUCUCUUGUUGGAGCCAUGGUGGUAUACUGGGUCCUAAUGUCCAACUUCCUCUACAACACUGGGCAGUUCAUCUACAACCACGCUCACAACGUCAGCACAUCCGAUUCAGAGUAUGGAACCAAUGGUUCUGACAGAGUUAUCUGCCCAUACCCUAAAACUCACCCUGGAAGAAAUGACUCCAUGACCAGUCUGUGUGGCAGCUCCUCUGGGAAUGACUCAUCUGGGAGCAGCUUUGAUCACUACUGGAGUAAAACCAGCACCAUCCCUCUCUACCUCAUCAUCCUGCUGCUGCCACUGCUCUGCUUUCGCUCUGCCUCUUUCUUUGCCAGGUUCACUUUCUUUGGCACUAUAUCAGUCAUCUAUCUGAUUGUGCUGGUCACAAUCAAAGCUUCCCACCUUGGCUUCCACCUAGAGUUCCACUGGUUUGGUCCAUCCCAGUUCUACGUUCCAGAGUUCAGGUUGUUUUUUCCUCAGCUGACUGGUGUCCUCACCCUGGCCUUCUUCAUUCACAACUGCAUCAUCACAUUGAUGAAGAGCAACAAAAACCAAGAAAAUAAUGUAAGGGACCUGUCCUUGGCUUAUCUUCUUGUUGGAGGGACAUAUAUGUAUGUGGGCGUGUUGAUCUUUGCUGCCUUUCCCUCACCUCCUCUCUCCAAAGACUGCAUUGAACCAAACUUUUUAGAUAACUUCCCCAGCAGUGAUGUGAUGGUGUUUGUGGCUCGAGUGUGCCUGCUGUUCCAAAUGAUUACCGUCUAUCCUCUGCUGGGUUAUUUGGUACGAGUUCAAAUUAUGGGUCAGCUGUUUGGAAAUCAUUAUCCCGGUUUCAUUCACAUUCUUGUGCUGAAUAUUCUCAUUGUUGGAGCUGGAGUUCUAAUGUCCAUGUUUUAUCCCAACAUUGGAUCUAUAAUACGAUUUUCUGGAGCAAUAUGUGGACUGGCCUUAGUGUUUCUACUUCCGGCUUUAGUCCACAUGUUCUCUCAGAGGGAGCAGGGGAGACUGACCUGGCAGUCAGCCUUUUUCCACAGUUUCCUCAUCGUUCUGGGUGUGGCCAACCUGAUAGCUCAGUUUUUUAUGUAGGAAACAACUAGGCAAUAAUUUAAAGAUGAGAAGAUCUAAUGGAAGGUUUAGCCGCUACCACCUAACUUUGGUGUGCUUUAAAUAUCUGCACAACAAGCUCCAAACAUAUGCAAGCAUUUACAUACAUAUUUAUUUCAUUAUAUUCUUCAUAUUCAAAUAAAUUUAGAACCAUCAGUUGUUUGAACUUACAUUGAGUAAAAAAAGUUUUGAACACGUCAAUAUUUUCUCAGUAUAAAUAUUUCUAAAAUGGCCAUUGGCAGAGUUUAGGAAUGACCCAAGUAAUCCACACAUAAGAAGAAAUCAAACAAAUUAGUCUACAAAGUCUGUUAUGAGUAAACAAAUGGAUUGAAACAGGGGACAUGUGAAGAAAAGCAUCUUCUACAUCUCUCUUCUACAGAUGUCUCUUUCACAGAGAGAUGUAGAAGGCCAAGAAAGUAGCUCAAAUCUGUGAAUAUCUAGGAAAGAUUUCUGCUGCUGUGUACAAAUCUAUAUCAGAUGAUUAACUGGUAGCCUUUAAAAAGUUGCAUGAGUGGUAAAUGCAAAGACACCUUCACAAAAAAAUAAAAACAUAAAUAAAAUCACUUAUCUGUCCAUUUUCCAAUGCGCUUAUCCUUCUGGCGUCUAUCUCCAGCGGUCAACGGGCGAGAGGUGGGGUCAUUUUGAACAGGUCACCAGUCCAGCACAGGUCAAACGAUCAUGCACACAUUCAUACCUCAUGAGAAUUUAGAGACCAGUCAACCUAAACAUCAUGAUUUUGGACUGUGGGAGGAAGCCAGAGUACCUCGAGAGAGCCUACGCAUGGACAGGGAGAACAUGAAGAGUUCAUGCCGGGAAUCGAACCCACGCCCUUCUUGCUGCAAGGCAGCAAUGAUACUAACUGCUCCACCACACAACGAAAAGCUUACUGUUCCUAAACAGUCAGUGGCUACAGCUGCUUUCCCUCCCACCCCCCAAAUAUAAAGGCUCUAGUGGCCUUUAUUUGACAGGAAAGUGGGUAAUUAGAGAAGGGGGGGUGACAUGCAGCAAAGGUCGCCAGGCCGGCAAUUGAACCUGUGACAUCCGCGUUGAGGGCUAAGGCCUUCAUAUGUGGGUUGUGCUGAACUUCUGCACCAUCUCAGCACCCCAGAGGUGCAUUUUUAAACUUCUUAAACUUCCUAGUGAGCGCUGUUGGAUCUAUUAUCCGAAUGUGGAACAAACAUGACUUCACUAUAAACCAGCCAGGCGGCCCUUGUAAGAUUUCUGAAAGAGGAGUCAAAACAAUAACUAGAAGAAUUGUCCAAGAGCCAAGAACCACUUGCAAAAAGUUGUGGAAAUAGCAGGUGCAGUUUCUCCAGUUAAGCAAUAAGUAAUCUACACAACUGCCUCCCCAUAGGUCCAUAUUCCCUUGAGUCUUUAUCUUUAUUAUAUCUCUGAUUAGUUUGACAUUUUCUAAUGUGGGAGUCUCUUGUGCCUUCAUGUCCAUCUGUCUGUUUUUAAUCUCUGUAUAGCGCCGCUUUGUGUGGCACUUUGCUGUAUGAAGAUCGCUCUUGAAAAAGUUUGGUGAUAGUCAGAAUCAGCUGACGCAUAACAAAUCUCAUUCCAAUGUCACCAUAAGCAAAGUCAAAUAAACAAAGGUUGGCCUGCAUUAAAAUGAGGCUGGUAACAUUAGUAUUAAACAUGUCAACAUUUUUCUCAGCUUAAAUGUUUCUAAUGGGGACACCAAGUAAAACUUAACACCAGAUCACCAUCAGCAACAACCCACACCCAAGUAAUCCACCAACACAAUCAAAGCAAAUCAAUCCACCAGUGAAUGUAUGACUGAAAACAUAGAAUGAAACAUGGAAUAGAGCCUAUUGUCUCAGACAAAAUGUCUCCAAAUCUUAAAGGUUUUCAGGGUUCUUUUAAUUGCACAUUCAGCUCAUUCCAUAUAUUUUCAUUUAGGACAGGUGACUGAGCCAUCUCAACAGUUUUACUUUCCAUCUCAGAAAUGAUUUAAGCGUUUCCUUGGCUGUGUGUUUGGAACUUGCUUUAAAUUAACAUUUGUUUCAUUCUCACAUUAUCAAAAAUUUCCCAGUAAAUCUAUCCAUCUUUCCUUGCUUUAUAUGAAGUGUCCCAGAACCAGGAAAAGAAAAUGUAUAAAGACAUAAAAUAAUCAUAAACUAAAUGGUAAACUGUUUGAUUUGAAAAAAUACCAAUAUAGACAAAAACGUUACAAUAACUGCAAAAAUGUUAACUUGUGUAGAAACGACAAAGAACAUAUAGAUACUUGUAAUGUACUAGCAAUAAUUAAAAAUAAUUAACUUUAAGAAGUGACAAAUGGGUAUAAACCAAAACCACCAAACUGAAUAGAUGUCUUUAGCAUGCUCUUCAAGAUGUCCAAGCUCUCAGGUGGCCUCUGACCUUCAGGCUUGUCCCACAGUAGACGGUCAUAACGAUGCCUCACCUUGUGAUUUAGUUCUCACUGUAGGUACCAGUGAGAACCAUUUCAGAAGACAGAAGCAGUUCUCAUAAAUGGGGUGGGCUAUAACAUUACGGCCAUUAUUAAGUUUUAAAUGCCACUAAGAACAACUUAAAAUCAAUUCUAAAAUGCACACCAACUUUAAAUACAAACUUUAAAGUUGCCAUGAUGUGAGCUCAGCUUCUGAAUUGGCUGUAAUAGAGCUAUGAUUUUUUUCAGCAAGGUUAAUAAGCAGAGUAUUACUAAAAUUGAUUGUACUGGCUGUAAAAGUGUGAAUCAAAGUUUCUGUAUUGGACUAUUAGAAAAAUAGUUACGGUCUUGCAAUGUUCCUCAGAAGAUAAAAAUAUGUUUCUAGUGACAUUCUUGAUAUGGUUUCAGAAACCAUAGUUUGAAUCAAAUAUGUUUUUCAAUUUUUUCCUAAUUUAGAUGAAGGAAAUUCUCAUAAUUUAAUAUGUAAAAAAAAAAAAAAAAAAACAGCUUCAAAGUGCCUGGAUGUGGGCUCAUCAGGACGCACUAAUAAAUGGAGCUGUGUGUAUUCAGCAUAACUAUGAAAGUUAAUGCCAUGUCUCCUAAUAAUGUAUGCCAACAGUUGGUGGGUGGCAUAUAAGGAUUCAAAAUAUUGGGACUCAGUGCUGAGCCUUGGGGGACACCAUAGUGUAAACUACAGUUUUACACAGAUUGCUUGUGUAAAACUGUAAAUGCAAAACUGGGAUGCUGCUAGUUUAGCUGAUUAAGGAAAAGCUUCUCCACAUUUUGCUAAAAACACAGCAGAUUAGAAUAGAGACAUUAAGGUUUGUUCUCUUCCCAUGAGGCUUCACAACAGCAGUCUUAAAGACAGUUGUGAAGCCCGCUGCCCCGCUCCAUAUGAAAAGAAUAGUUAAUAUUAAAAGCAUAAUUUUGAAAAAUAUAUGGCUUAUAGGGUCUAAAGGAUAUUUUUCUGUUUUAAGUAAGAAAUAAUUCUGCUUGCCAGUUCAUCAACCAUUCUCCAGUGUUUCCCCACCAUUUAACAAUGACUUGGAGGUAAUAUUUUUAUGCUGCCAUUGAAAUAAAUUAUAUCUUAUAUUGUUUAUGUUUCCUCUGAAGUAGGUUGCAAAAUCUCCACACUAUGUAAUUGUGGAGUUACUGGUGGAUACUGGGGAGGGCUGGUUUGGUUAGUCUGUCAAAAACUGAGAACAGGAUUCUUUGAUUAUUUUUAGUAUCAGAUAUUAAUUUUAAGAAAUAUGAAUGGUUCACUUGCUUGACUGUUAAUGAUUUAAUUCUGGAAAUUGUGGUAAUUUAUUUGCUGAUCUUUCCUUUCUGAUUUUCCUCAUGUCUUUCCCUGAAGAUUUUAUAUUUUGUAUUUCUUGAUAAACUGUUGGAUUUUUUCCAACCAUAAAAUGUAAAAAUUCUAUUUAUG